CUUCUUCCUCCCCUCUGUUCUUCCUCAUGUGCAGCAGAUCUACACUCCCCGGAGCAGCAACUCCUCUCUUCCCUCCCUCUCUUGUUGCUCCUCUCCCUCCCUCUCAUGGCGCCUGUUCCCUCCCCCUGCAAUUGCUGCUUCCAUGUCGUAUCUUCCCUCCCUCCAAUGGCGCCUCUUCCCCUCCCUCACCCCUUGCUUGUUCUCUCCAGAAAACCCUAGAAGUUGAAUUAAAAACCCUAAUCCCUUUCUCAUAUUGCCUCUUUCAGGUUAAAAAACUUGGGGCCGUAGACAAAGAUUUCUCGUUCCUUUCCCAUGCUUUCACUGCAUGUGCUACUGUUUUGCUAAUACUGUUUUUAAACCCCAAUCCCUUUCUUUGCUGCACAAAAUUUGGUCUCAUAUUGCCUCUUUCAGGUCAAUUUGGGGCUGUAGACAAAGAUUUGCUAGGUAACCAGAUCAAGGUCAAGGAGGUAACGGGUCGUUUCUGCAUCAAGAAUUGUGCCAGACGGCCUUCUGCAGGUGCUCUGUUCUUCUGAACCGCAAUUAUGCAGUUCUGAUAUGUGCAAUGACGGGCCGAAGAAUUGGGAAAGGAUCUCCAUGAAACCCCAAUUAUGCAGUUCUGAUCAAGUCUGAAAUUCUCGCCCUCCAGUUUUCUGCCAUUCUGGAUUGGUUUUUUGGUUCAUCUGGUGGAAAAGUUGAAACGCUGAUCAGAGAAUGGAUCUUGACAUGGAUGACUACAUAGAUCCCUAUGAAGAGGCUGAGGCCGAGGCUGCCGCGGAAGCCGCCGGCGUUACCGUCCCAAGUGCCGCAACUGUGGAUGAGGAAUCAUCGGACGGUGAGGACGACUCAGAGGCAGAGAGCGAUUAUGAGGAUAAGUCAUACGGCCUUCUCAAGUCCGGCAACCACCGGGUGCGCAAUCCGGAUGGCACCUUCCGCUGCCCCUUCUGCCCUGGCAAGAAGAAGCAGGACUACAAGCUCAAGGACCUCCUCCAGCACGCCGACGGCAUCGGCAUCUCCAGCAAGCACCGCCGCCACGGCAAGGAGCGUGCCUUCCACCGUGCCUUUGCCCGCUUUGUCCGCACAGAUCCAUCCUUUGCGCAUGAGCUUGCCGGUAUCACUGGUAUUCCAGGUGCCAUUGCAAAUGCUGAUACCAUUGACAAUGGAAAGGCUGAUGCCAAUGGUGAUGCCACUGAACCCAGUAUGGCAGCAGCUGAGAGACCACGACAGGAUGGGGAUGAGAAGUUUGCUUGGCCCUGGUGUGGGAUUCUUGCAGCCGGUGCAGGGUUCAAUUCGGAGAACUUUGCGGAUAAAGUGGCCAUGUUUAGUGUGGAUGAUAUCGUGCCUUUACUUUAUGAUGAGGCGGAAGGCAUGGAAAGCUUUGCAAUUGUGCAGUUUACUAAUGGUUGGGGUGGAUUUGGCGACGCUCUUGCACUUGAGAACCAUUUCAACAAGAAUAAGCUUGGGAAGAUAGAAUGGGAGGCAAGGAGUAGUUGUGAAGGGGCUGUGACGGGAGAUGAGAAUAGGAUUGGUGAGAUUAAGGUUUAUGGCUGGGUUGCCCGAGAGAUGGACUACACUGCUGGGAGUUUGGUGGGAAGAUACUUAAGGAAGCAUACCAAUCUGAUGACCAUAGAUGAGAUUACCAAGAGCCAGAGGGAGCCAAUGGGGAAGAUUGUGGCAACACUGGCAACUCAGCUCGAGGCAAAGAACCAAUAUUUGCAGGAUCUAGAGACAAAGAAGAAUGCAACAGAGCUCUCCAUUGCACGGCUUGAGGAGGACAAUAGGAGGCUGCAUGAGGCAUAUAAUGAAGAAAUGCGUAACCUGCAUCGCAAGGCUCGUGACAAUGCUGUGAGGGUUUUCCAGGAUAAUGAAAACUUGAAGCUUGAAAUAGAAAACAGCAAGAGAAAACUGAGUUCACAUGCUAAGCAGCUGGAAAAGUUGACAGCUGAGAAUACCAACGACAGGAAAAAACUUGCUGAACUUGCUGAUGAGAAGCAAAAGGCAAAAGAUGAUAAGAGUGAACUCGAGCUAGCAAGCAUAGAACAGCAGAGGAACGAUGAAGAUAUUUUGAAGCUAGUAGAGGACCAGAAGAGGGAAAAAGAGGAUGCCCUCGCAAGAAUGCUGGAGCUGGAAAAGGAGCUGCAUGAGAAACGGGAACUUGAGCUCGAAGUAACACGAUUGAAUGGCACGCUCCAAGUGAUGAAACAUUUGGAAGGAGAUGAUGACGGGGAUAUUCAUAACAAGAUGGAGAAGCUUAAUGAAAGGCUAGAGCAAGAAAAGAAACGCCUGGAAGAGCUGAGCGGGGAGCUGGUGAGGAAAGAGCGUGAAAGUAACGAUGAGUUACAGGAGGCUCGGAAAGAACUGAUGGAGGGUUUGGAGGACAUGCUAAGUGGGCAUACAGCUAUCGGGGUCAAACGGAUGGGAGAACUUGAUGAAAGGCCUUUUCAGAAUGCAUGCAGGAAGAAGUUUGGGAAUGACGAUUAUGAGACGAUAGCUGCUCAACUGGUGUCAAGUUGGCAGGAGGAAAUAAAAAAGCCAGCCUGGCACCCUUAUAAGUUUGUUAAGGAUGAGAAUGGAGAGGACAAGGAAGUUGUAAAUGACGAUGACCCAAGACUGCGUGAAUUGUGGAUCGAGUACGGUGAUGACGUGUGCAACGCAGUGAAGACUGCUCUGAGUGAAGUAAACGAAUACAACCCGAGUGGAAGGUAUGCGGUGUUGGAGCUGUGGAACUUCAAGAAAGCGCGGAAGGCUACGAUGAAAGAGGUGCUGAGGUACAUAUUCCUGCAGACGGGGACGAUGAGCAAGCGCAGGAGGGGCUGAGGAGCCCCUGGCUCUUGUGAGCUCUAGAAUGGCGGUGUAUGUCUGUCAUUGGGGCCAUCGCAAUCCUGACAUGGGAGUUGUAUCUGCAUGAUGUUCUCUUCUUCUGCAUGUGAUCUUUUGUUGCUUCAGACUUGCACUGUUCCAUUCCAAAACUGUCAUGCUCAGUGAACUCAAUGAUAAGCCUUUGGGCUUUGGCUGCUAGCUUUUGUGUACAUGAGUUAUAGAUUGUGUGUGCAGGUGAAAUAUACGUAGCCUUCUUUUCUGUUCAACCUUGAGACACUGAUUGUUGAUAUGACCAGGUAGAUGGAGACGCUGUCAGAUUAGCUAAACCAGGAGCUGAGGGAAUACCGUGAAUUUUCAAAAUGCAAAGUUAUUGCCUUGCA